AAUCCUGUUUUUCCAAACAUCCGCUGCAUUGCAUUACAAAGACUUCAAACCCUGAAGAGGAGAUGUAAUAGAGAUGUUACAUUUUAACAGGAAUAUACAGACUUUAUGAGCAACAUGCUGCAGCCAGGCUAUGAAGAAAGCGUACCCAUUGAUGAACAGUCUUCAGACAGGGAAAAGGUGUGGUACAUUUCCCACCAUGGAGUAUGUCACCCAACCAAAGGAAAGCUCCGUGUUGUAUUUGACUGUGCAUGCAUGUAUAAAGGAACAUCGCUUAACAGUCAACUUAACUCACUUACUGGGGUCCUCCACAGGUUCAGAGAAGAGCUUGUUGCUGUUUUGGCUGACAUCCACGCCAUGUUCCACCAGGUGUGGUUUCCACACAAACAUGUCAACUUUCUGCGAUUCAUCUGGUGGCCAAAUGGAGAUGCAAACAAUGAACCACAAGAAUACAGGAUGAGAGCACACUUAUUUGGAGCUGUAUCUUCACCAAGUUACUCCCUGAGUUACUCAAAUUAUGCUCUGAGAAGAACAACAGAGGACAAUGCAUGUGAGUACUCAAUUGAAGUCAUCAGUACAGUCAAGUGUAGCUUUUAUGUGGACCACCGUCUUAAGUCGGCAACUACAGAAGAGGAUGCAGUACAACUGAUACAUGGACUAACUUCACUCUGUAAAAGGCGCGGCUUCCAUCUUCAAAAAUGGGUAUCCAACAGUCGUGAAGUGUUGGCAUUGAUUCCAAGUGAUUUCAGAGCAGCGGACAUAAAGGAAAUGGAUUUGGACAGGAACCAGCUUCCCCUAGAAAGAGUGCUUGGAAUGGAGUGGUGUGUUGAAGGCAACACGCUCAGCUUCAGAACUGCAGUGCAGGAUCACCCACACAUGGGAGAGGCAUCUUAUCUGUGGAAAAGGUACGAGUCGCACCUCUGAAACAAGUCACCAUCCCACGCCUCGAGCUUGCUGCUGCUGUGCUUGCUGUUCGUUUGGAUAAGAUGCUGUUGAGAGAGCUCCAAUUAAAACUGGAAAGGAUUCCUAUUAUACGAUUGAACUUCAAAAUUCCCAACUCUUCCAGCAAAAUUAAGGUUUCUUUGUCAAUUUCUCUCGUAUGAAAUCAGCCCAGAAUGAAAAGUGUGCAGAGUCUGUUUGGAUCAGCAUCCUAUUAUUCCCAGACUGGAGAUGUCGAGCCAUCACACCAUUCAGGAAGGAAACGGGUUCUGUGUGCUAGAGGCGAACAGGUUCUGGUUUAAAAUGAGUUAACCAGCACCAGAACAAAAUACCCUAUUAAGAUGCUGAAGUUGGGAAGAGACUUAUUAUCCUGUACCAACAUGAGCUGAAAGGAGACAUGUCCUACAGUCUAAUGAAAAAACUGAAGUGUUUGAACAUAAUGACCAUUGUCAAGCAAAGUCAACACCAGUGACUGUCCACUGUCUCUACAUGCUCAUCCAGGAGGAGUGAAUGCUGCAAGUCACUGACUGGAUGCAAUCUGCUGGGUUUCCUUAGAUAG